AGGUGGAACAGUUGGGAGUCAAACCUGUCAUCGAUGAAGAUCCCGGCCGAGGAGGCUUUUGAGAUGGACAAUAAAUUGAAGUUUUCGGACCGUCUGAAAGCUCUGCUGAAAACAGACCCACGUCAAGACAUCGAUCCUUAUAUAUUCAGUGAACCAGAGCCAUUUCACGGUGCGGGUAAACAUAACAAUGCCGAGUCCAUCAAGAAUUCUCGAAUGAGUGGAGGUAAGAGUAACGGUUCUAAAGGAAAGUGUUCAAGAAAAAGAAUCAAAGCUGAACACAAUGCUAGCUCUAGCGAAAACGUUGCAUCUGUUAUGGAUAAUGCGAGAUUAGUUGGAGAUAAUAGCAGUCUGAGGAGUGUUGAACUUAGAAUCGGUCAUGGGUCACGUGUCAAGGAGGAUCCUAGCAGAGAACCAGUGAGAAGAUUAAGUAGAGAUCACACUCUUCUCUACUACCCACGCGCUGGCGAUGAAAUUCCUGACAGCGAUAGCAGUAGCGAUGAACUAGGUGUUUAUCAACGUCACUGGUUUUCCGGCGAUACAAGUAACGUUCCAAGAGCCACCAGGUUGACUCUCCUGAGGUCACAGUUACGUCGGCGUUUAAUUCAACUUCACAAAGAUGGCAAAGAGUCUGAAACGCUUCUUUAUAAGAGAACUCGACGGCUACUGGAUGCAGCGUGUAGAAGUUCACGGCAGUUGAAAGGACACUUGACAUCUUCAAGUAUCCAUAAAAAAGACAAUACAGAUCAUCUCCUCGUUGGUAGUCGCUGUCUAGCUGAAGGCUGUCAGUAUAUGUCGCUACCCAGCACACGUCAUUGUUCUCGUCAUAUAAUGCUUAAUGGUGAUCAACUAUUGUUUGAACAUUGUACUGCCAAGUUUAGCGACAAUACUCAGUGCUGUGUGCCUGUAUUUGAUGUAGCCCACGAGUUACCAUUGUGCCCAGAGCACGCACGUAAACGUGAUAAUUAUAAUCGCAAAGCUCAGGAAUCCAAACCAAAAAAAUCACGUAAAAAGCCAACAUCACCAACUAGCAUUCCAAGACCCAAGAAUACCAGUAGCAGUAGUAAAUCACGUCCGAAAAAACGAAAACGACCACCUUCUGUAAAACCUAUUGACAUAAAGCCUAAUGUAAAUAUACGACAUUGUCAACAGCAAGAAGAGACUAUUCAUUUAGAUAAUCAUCAUUCGAGUCAAAUAAUCACUCCGACAAUCAUACCGGUUAAUAAUAUCUGUAAUAAUAACAAGACAUUGAAUAAUGUGGCGCAAAGUAUGCCAACUAAUCCAAUAACUAAUAACCUUAAUCUUGGAUCAUUGGGACUUGGAUCGUUGGGUCUUGGCCCCGGUUUAAAUACAGGUUUAAGAGUUGAAUUAGACCAAGAAGUAUUUGCAGCUCUUGAUCCCAAUGAACAUGACUUUAAUAAUGUUCUUAAUACUCUACCUGUUGACCUUAACGAGCUUUUCUUAGAAAGCCGCAAUGGUGAAUAUGAACAGCCCUCAAAAGAGGAAGCCGAGGAAUUAGAACGGGCUUUGGAAGAAGUUGACAAAGAUGUGCGAAGUCUUGAACAAAUGGAGCAGACCCGUUCUUUGCUAGAGCGUAAUUUGGAAAGAAUGGAACAAACACACGGUCUCUUAGGACGUAAUCUCGAACACUUAGAAUCGAAUCACGGUCUUCUAGAACGAAAUUUAGAACCGACUCACGGCCUUUUAGAGCCAGCUCUUCUUGCCCAGUUGAUGUCAGAUAUUGCAUCGUAG